AUGGAUAUUGAAUCGGCUCAUUUGAUUGUUUCGGCUCGUCGAGCUUUAUAUUUAUUUGCAAGUGUUCCAUUUGUUUUUACAAUUAUUGCGAUUUAUAUUUCUGGACAUCCACAUUUUGCCGAAGUUGAUAGGAAUAAGGAAAGGACGGAUUUUAUAAGGAAUAAUUAUCAGGUAUUUUUCCCCGAAAAUUUUUCGCUUUUUUUUUGAAAUUUUUGGCCCAAAUAUACCGUAUUUUGUGCAGUAUACAGUAAUAUUUUUUAGUUUCCAGAUAUUUGAUAAUUACAAUGGAACAGAAUUCGAUCUCAAACAGCUGAAUUCGAUAAAAGAAUCGCCAUUUUAUCGUGAUAAUAUGAGUGUUUACGUUUUUGGAAUCGGAAAUUCGAGUUAUUGUUAUGUUAGUUUUUUUGCAACUUUGGGAACUUUUAAUUUGUUUCGAACUCAAUUUUUUUCAGGAGCGCAAUACUUCAAUAACAAAUCAAUGGUCAACUUCAAUAUUCCGAGCUUCUCAAUUAUAUUCAAGUGUUCAAACUCCGAUUCGAUACGGUUUAUUGUUGAUUAUGCAUCCUUUAUUGAUCCUUGCAUUUGUUACUGUAAAAAUAUUUGUUUUGGAAAAUCCCUCAGUCUUUUCAAUUUUUGUUGGUGAGUUUUUCAACUUUUCAGUAUUAUCAUUAAAAAGUGUGAAAAGUUUUCAGGUAUAUCAUAUUUCUUUAAUGAAAUAGUUUUGCACAUUUCUUAUUAUUUAUUAUUUACACUACAUGUUCACAAAGAUCGAAAAUGUGAGUUGCCACGUCAUAGCUGAAAAAAAGGUGAAAAUAAUUUUUCAGAUAUUCCGUAUUCGACUAUAUAUUUUACAGUCGCUGUUUUGACAACUUUAACGAAAUUCCUGCUGCAAAAUAUGAUGGAGGUACUGAUUUUCUGAUGUUUUUUUUUGUUAAAUCAAAAGUGAUUUUCAGGGUUUCCGACUGACAACAAUUUUGAGGUUUAUAUCAAUUCUCAUAAUCACAUUUUGUUAUCCAAUUUUGAAAAUUGAUAUUGAAGAAUAUGCUGAAAAUAUUUAUUGUGAUACUUUUGGUGAGUUGAUAUUUUUUUAAUAGAAUGUUUGGGGUUUCAAAAAUUGUAUCCCAAGUAUUUUUAAAAAUUCAAUUUCUGUUUAAAAAGUUCUACAUAUAACAAAUAUUCUACAAACAUUCUUAGACUCAAAUUUUCCAACUACAAAAAAUCUGCAAUUAAUUUGCAGCCCCACCAAUUGUCACAAUUUCCCAACUUAUUUGCAUCUCAAUAAUUGCUUUGAACAUUUUCCACGAAAUUCGAAAAUCAAAAAAUCUUCUAGUUGUUAUAACUCCCUCAAUUGAUGAACUCGAAUACAAAUCAAAUACGCAUUCAACUGUUUUAGUCAGGAAUUAUUUUUGA